CUCACUCAGUCAAGCGGACCCACCCAUCUCAUACAGACGGGCAGAGACGCUGGAUCAUAGACGAUGGAGCUCCAGUCUCCAGCAGCCGCGCUAACUGCUGUGAUACUGAUAAUCAUCUGCUCCACUGCAGAACCUGAUGUGAGACUGGUGGGUGGGAGCGGUCGCUGUGAUGGAGCAGUGGAGUUGCUUAGUAAUGGAUACUGGAGGAAAAUAUAUGGAGAUGGAUGGACCAGGACAGAAGCUGCUGUCGUGUGCAGACAGCUGGACUGCGGCUCUGCUGUUACAGCUACAGAGAGAGAGCCUAAGACAGAGGAAUAUGGUUUUUUUGCUCACUGUAAAGGAUCUGAGUCUGUGCUGAAUAAAUGCAGAUUUACUGGAGUUUAUGGAUCCUUCCCUUAUGCAGUAUCGGUGUGUUCAGACUCUGUGAGGCUUGUAGAUGGAGCUGGACGCUGCUCUGGGAGACUGGAGGUGAAGACCCAUCAGUCCUGGACCACAGUAUGUGAGGCUGACUUUGACUGGCUGGAUGCAGAGGUAGUCUGUAGAGAGCUGGACUGUGGGACUCCACUAACUCUACAGGGGGCGCUCUUUGGAGAAGGGAAACUCCCAUUUGGGAAGAAAGAAUCCCAGUGUAACGGCACAGAGAACCAUCUCCUCAACUGCAGCACCUCAGACAGAGAGGAGAACAUCUGCACACAUGGCAAAGCUGUGGGACUCACCUGUUCAGAGGUGAGACUGGUUAAUGGGAGCAGCAGCUGUGCUGGAACAGUGGAGGUGUUUCAUUAUGGAGACUGGAGGACAGUAAGAGAAGCUGGAUGGAGCAGGAGAAAGUCCGCUGUGGUGUGCAGACAGCUGGACUGUGGCUCUGCUGUUGCUGCUGAACAGAGAGAGCCUGAGGGAGAUGAGGAUAAACAGGGUGUUAUCACUUUCUGUGGCGGAUCUGAGUCGGCAGUGAGUGAAUGCAGGAUUUCAAACUAUUCUGGAAACUCCUCUGACGUGGUGUCCGUGUGUUCAGACUCUGUGAGGCUUGUAGAUGGAGCUGGACGCUGCUCUGGGAGACUGGAGGUGAAGUCCCAUCAGUCCUGGACCACAGUAUGUGAGACUGGCUUUGACUGGCAGGAUGCAGAGGUAGUCUGUAGGGAGCUGGACUGUGGGACUCCACUAACUCUACAGGGGGCGCUCUUUGGAGAAGGGAAACUCCCAUUUGGGACCAAAGAGUUCCAGUGUAAAGGCACAGAGAACCGUCUCCUCACCUGUAGAACCUCAAACAGAGAGGAGAACACCUGCACAGGCGGCAAAGCUGUGGGACUCACCUGUUCAGGACCUGAUGAUGUGAGACUGGUGGAGGAGGACAGUCGCUGUGCUGGAACAGUGGAGAUGUUUUAUAGUGGAGAGUGGAGGAAAGUAAAUGGAUAUAAAUGGUCCAUGCGUGAAACUGAUGUUGUGUGCAGACAGCUGGGCUGUGGCUCUGCUGUUGCAGCCACACACAGAGAGCCUGAGAAAAACCUGCCCAAAUGGGAUCCUAUGAUUGAGUGUGUAGGUUUUGAAACUGCACUGAGGGAAUGCAGCUUUGGAGUUAUUUUUCAUUCCCAGGACAGAGUUAGCGUGAUCUGUUCAGGAAUCCUGGUGCAGCCCAACAUCUCUGUCUCUGCUACCAUAAUAAUGUCCAGGGGUCUCCAGGGGUCAGAGGCGUUCAGGGGCCACAGCUUCACCAUCACCUGCUCCACUCAGCCGCAGUACCCAGGAGGCUCCUUCUACCUCAACCUGCCCUGGAGCAGCAGAAGCCACACCCAGACAGCUGUCAAUCACUCAGCCUCCUUCCUCUUUCCUGCUGCAGAUGAUUCCCACCAGGGGAACUACAGCUGUGUCUAUGAGAACCAAGUGAUCUUUCAGAAUAAGUUUAAAGUUCAAAGACGUUACGAUGAGUGGUCUCCUGGUCCUUUCAUCCAUAACUUCUCCUCUGAGAGUGAGCCUCUGUCCCUCAUCAUCACAGAUUCUCUAUCAUCUACAAUCAUCAACAUAAAGCUGCUGGUGGUCUUUGUGAUGCUGUUUCUGAUGCUGAUAACCUGCUUGACUAUCUUCCUGAUCUUCAAGACGAGGGGUUACUUCUUCAUUAGAAACACAUCAGGUGCAGUCCAGAGCUGAAGAGCAGCAGAAUGUGGAGAGAGGAGCUGGAGAGAAGCUGCCCAUAGACUUGGAGCAGGAGGCAGGAGGGGAAUUAGAUUCAUAGUCAGAGAGUUACUGAGAGUGUAAUGUGCAAAUGGGAAAAUCUGCUUCUAUUUCAGCUUGAAAAUACCAGAGCAAGAACACUGGAGACUUUAGAGCUUUGAAAACUUCACUUGGAAUUUGCACAUGGCACAAGUGACAUAUAGUUCUUAUAUCUACAUUACACAGUAUUUAGACCAUAUUGAUUAAAAUAAGUUCUGCAGCACCAAACAUUCUUUCAUCAAGUUAGUUUUUCAAAUGUUUGGCCACCACUGACCACAAAUUACAUAUUUAUGUGAAAAGAAAUAAAUACAACUUGUGUAGCAAACUAUUAAAACAUAACCUUUUUCUGCAAAUGUUAAUGCACAGUUUCUUUACUUGAUUAAUUUAAAAAGUAAAAAAAAAUAGCAAUUGCUGCAUGUGCAGUUUGGACACUUCUAGUUAUAACAUCUCAGACUUCAAUAGAUUUGUUAGGCUCAGGAUCAAGAAUGGGCAUUAAGAGUUGUCAGCUGAUGACAAUUCUAGAGUGUACUGCUUUCAUUGUUCGUAGAAGAGUCUUUUAAAGGUAACCUUACCGGCAACAUUAUAAGACUCAACAUCUAAAAUGAGAAAAAACAUUUAGGUAAGCCAUACGUGUUUGGAAACAAGUGCUUUGGACUGAUAAUGUAAAAAUUGAAUGCUGUGGUGUAAAAAAAAGCAAAAGGUAAAAAAAAAAAUUACGCAUUUGAUGGAAAGAACGCCUUGACUGUUAAUCCUGACCAUUAAAACUGUCUAGUAUGGAUGUAUUAUGGGUACCUGUUAUGCUUUAGGGUUGCGUGGAAGCCAUUGGCACAGGGAACAUUACUUGGGCAGAUGGAAGAAUGGAUUCCACAAAAUAUCAGCAAAUGUGACACAGUCAGGAAACUAAAGCUCAAAAGAGUCUGGCUUCUGCAACAGGACAAUGAUCCAAAACAUACAUCAAAAAUCCGUCAUGAACUACUUAUUUAAAAAUGCAGCUUUUGGAAUGACACUCACACUCCACUAAGUUCAACACUGCCAAAAAUCUGUGAGUACAUCUUAAACAUGCUAUGCAUGCAAGACUGUCCAAGAAAAUAUGAAGAGUGGU